UUUUUCCAACUUUCAGACAGAAGGAGCUUGGCUACUUCACCUUCUCCGGCAUGGCCUGCGACAGCGACGCCCUCCCCUCGCUCUAAACUUAAAGUCAACAGGUGUUCAUCGUCAUCCCUCGGGGACCCUCGCCGGAAGCGCGCUCUCUCAUCUCCGCCCGAUUCGGAGAGCGAGCCAUGAUGGCGGCGGCGGGGGCGGCGGCGGCGGCGGCGGCGGCGGAGGAGGACAGGGGGCUGCUGGCUCAGAGGGUGAUCGACGCGGUGAACGAGAUAGCUUCCAUCUCCGGCUACAGGAGCGCGAUCAAGAAGCAGUACUGCAACCUCGCCCGGCGACUGAAGCUGUUGACCCCGCUGUUCGAGGAGAUUAAGGACAGCAAGGAGUCGAUGCCCGAAGGGACGAUCGGAGCUCUGGCCUCGCUCCUGGAGGCCCUGGGCUCCGCCAAGGAGCUGCUGAGGUUCGGGACGGAAGGCAGCAAAAUUUACCUGGUCUUAGAAAGGGAGCAGAUUAUGAAUAAAUGUCAUGAGGUGACCUCGCAACUGGAACAAGCUCUAAGUGGCAUUUCCUAUGAAAACCUGGACAUAUCAGAUGAAGUCAAGGAACAGGUUGAGCUCGUCCUUGGACAAUUUAGAAGAGCCAAAGGAAGAGUUGAUUCACCUGAUGUCGAGUUGUAUGAAGAGCUUUUUGGCCUUUAUAACCAGAGUAGUGACACAACCUCGGAUCCAGCUGUAUUAAGGAGAUUGGCCGAAAAGCUGGAGUUAAUGAAGAUAGCUGACCUUAAACAGGAGUCACUGGCUUUACAUGAGAUGGUUUGUGCAAGUGGCGGAGAUCCUGGCGAGAGCAUUGAGAGGAUAUCAAUGUUGCUGAAGAAAAUUAAAGACUUUGUGCAGACGGAGAACCUUGACGUGGAUCUGCCUGCCGGCGAAAAUAAUUUUCUUCCCAGUUCCAGUGGGCAAUCAUUAGUUGAUAACAAUCAAAAAACACCAGUUAUCCCAGAUGAUUUCCGUUGCCCAAUAUCCUUGGAGUUGAUGAAGGAUCCUGUUAUUGUGUCAACAGGCCAAACCUAUGAACGCUCAUGCAUUGAGAAAUGGCUGGACUCGGGUCAUAAGACAUGUCCAAAGACACAGCAAACCCUUUUUAGCACAACUCUUACGCCCAACUAUGUCCUUCGCAGCCUCAUUGCUCAAUGGUGUGAGCUUAAUGGCAUUGAGCCACCCAAACCACCCAGCAGCUCUCGACCCACUAAAUCUAAAUCAGCCGCCUUCCCUGCUGAAUGCGCUAUGAUUGAACAUCUUCUGCGCAAGCUUGCUUCUGAGAAUCCUGAGGAACAGCGGUCAGCUGCAGGUGAGAUUCGCCUUCUUGCGAAGCGUAAUGCAGAUAAUCGUAUUGCCAUCGCUGAAGCAGGUGCGAUUCCCUUCCUCGUACGCCUCCUUUCAACUCGAGACUCACGCAUCCAAGAGCAUGCUGUCACCGCACUUCUCAACCUUUCAAUAUGUGAUGAGAAUAAAGGUAAUAUUGUCUCCUCUGGAGCCGUUCCAGGCAUAGUCCAUGUUCUGAGGAUUGGGAGUAUGGAAGCACGGGAAAAUGCAGCGGCCACUCUCUUCAGCCUCUCUGUUGUAGAUGAGUAUAAAGUGAUAAUUGGUGCAUCUGGUGCAAUUCCUCCACUCGUGUUGCUUCUCAGUGAGGGAACCCAAAGGGGGAAGAAGGAUGCUGCAACAGCUCUUUUCAAUUUGUGCAUAUAUCAAGGUAACAAAGGGAAAGCCGUUAGGGCUGGCAUUGUACCCACACUGAUGCAGCUUCUAACUGAACCUGGUGGCAGUAUGGUGGAUGAAGCACUGGCUGUACUGGCGAUAUUAGCCAGUCAUACUGAAGGGAGGGCCACCAUUGGUGCUGCAAAGGCAGUGCCAGUUCUUGUAGAAUUUAUUCGCAUUGGUUCUCCUAGGAACAAGGAGAAUGCGGCUGCUGUCUUGGUGCAUCUUUGUUCUGGAGAUCAGCAUUAUCUGUUAGAGGCAAAUGAAAUUGGAAUCAUGGACCCACUGGUGGAAUUGGCACAAAAUGGAACAGACAGGGGGAAGCGAAAGGCUGCUCAAUUGCUUGAGCGACUGAGCCGUUUCUUUGAGCGGCAGCAGGAGGCUCAGGCACAGGCUGAAGCUGAGGCCGAGGUAGAGGUUCAGGUACAGUCCGAGGCCGAGGUCGAGGUUCAGGUACAGUCUGAGACCGAGGUCGAGGUUCAGGUGCAGAGCGAGAACGAGUUCGAGGUUCCGGUACAGUCUGAGACUGAAGUUGAGGUUGAGGAACAGGCUGAGACCGAGGCUGAGGCUGACGCACAGCCUUCGGAGCUGCCCUUGACUGCAAAUGCAGUUGAUAACGAUAAUUGAAGCUUUUUGCUGCCCUCUUCUAUGCUUUUUCUUCGUGAUUUUGGUCUUAUUUAACUUAUUCGGAAGUGUUUCACGUCGAAGGGGAAGGUGGAAGAUCACCUGCCCACUUGUGCAGCAAGUAGUUCAUCGGUCGUUGUCGUCUUGACCGCUGUAAGGCUUGUUCAACGAAUGGAUGGAUGGUGGAGGAAAAGCCGCGAGUUUUAAUGUCUCCGAAGUUGAUGCAAGUGUACUAUUUAAGAUGUAAAAUUGUGAUCAUCCUCUGCCUUUUUAAACGGAAGAGAUGUCAUGUAUUCAGAUGUUAUUCCUUCACACAGAAUUUGUAUUUCUUUUGCUGUGGCA